CCUGAAAACUCGUUUUGUUGGAGCGGCUGAUGAGCGAUUUCGGGUACUGGUACCUAUACUACGGGUAUACACUGUCCUGAACGCCAGACCAACCCUGAUGUACACAAUAAGUUAAAGUUUGGGUGAUAUGCAGACGAUAUAGCACGAGUGUGCAUUCAAUCAAUAUUCAGCUAAUAUUAGUGAAGCGGCCCCAGCCAGUUUAUACAGCUCCUGUCACAUGUAGAUUUCAGACGGCAACCAGUAUAAACCGGCGUUGUUUACGUUAGAAACGGAUAGUAUUUUACACCGUCAUACCUGUUCUGCGGGCAUCUCUUAACUGUCAACACAUUGAGCAACAGUUUCCACACUUACAUUCGAAAUGGCUAGCGGAGGACUCUCUGAUGAGGAGGUGAGCGAGCUGGUUGAUAAGCUGAAACAGUAUGCUAAACUGGCACAUAAGGAAAAUCUGACUUCCCAGGCUACAGGGAAAAUUACAAAAGACAACCUUCUCUGGAAGGAACUGAGAACGGAUAUGGAUUCCAGCAUCUUCCCUGUUUGUAAGGACGACAAGACGAAACGGUUUAUGACCAUUACCAAGGAAAAGUCUAUGAAGUUUCUAGCAAAAUCUGCCGAAAAGUUAGAAGCCAAGAGAAAGGGGAAGAAACCACCAGAAGGAAGUACAUGGGAGAAAGAACUAUUAAAAAAUCUCAAAGGAACACAACUUACUGGGGUAACGAAAGAAUCUAAGACGGGAAACGUGAGCCAUUUCACGGACUGUUCGGGUUACACUGGGACACACAAGGAGCGGUUCGACGACAGUGGUAAAGGGAAGGGAAAGGACGGACGGGACGACACCACCCCUAAAGAUGGUUACGUUCAGGCCUUCAAGGACAAGGGAACGUACGACGAAACACACUGAAUAACUGCAUACACGUGUAAAUGUCUAUUUCAUAUUUAUUUUUUCUUUUACUACUGUCUUUUAUUAUUGAAAGCUGCAAGUCUGGACAAUUUAAUUGUUUUAUAAACAUAAGUUUACAGAGUGUCUUUUACAAUUUUAGAAUUAGCUAAUGACCAAUUGAUAAACGUGGUAGCCAGCCAUCAUAAAGUCGGGGACCUUUUUCUCCCAUAACGUUCAUAUUUCAUUUGGAAAACCACGUGUUUCCCUUAGAAAACAACCAUUAUAUCUGUUUCCUUGAAAACAAUUGCCUUGAAUCAAUUUGUCACGAUAGAAGAUGACGUCGUAAAACAUUGUUAUGUGACGUUAUAGUUGAAAGAUUGACCAAUGAAACAACGUCUGUGGUGUUACUUAUAGUGGAUAGCCAAAAAUGUUGACCAACUCCAGUAGGUUUAUCUAAUGAGUCGUGGGUAAGGAAAGCUAUAAUGGUUAUGGGAGAAAAGAAGUUUUUAUUAUUACAAAAGGAAAUUAUUAAUGAUAAAGUACUAGGGUAAGUAAGGUAAGCCUUGGGUCACAGAUUGUUUGGGUAGUUGUGGAUUGAGACGCAGUUCUAUACUAAGGUGAGCAGUAGCAUUAUUAUUUCUAUCACUUAACAGUGGAACACAGACAUACCGUUAUAUGUUGUAGUAAAUAUAUUGUUUUAUAAGUGCUUAAUUCCAUUAUCCAUAAUUGGAUUGCCAUCAUUACGUUUUCUGUUUAAAACAUUCGAAAUGGAUUUAUCAACUGGUAGGGAACGAUUAGAAUUAUGAUUUAAACACUUAUUAAGGGAUUGAGUAAAGACCUUUAUGAAUUAACAUGCAUUUAAAUAUAAAAAAAUGAAAUAGCAUGCCACAAAUUGGUAAAGUUUGAAACAUCUGGAACACAAAAUUGUUAACCAGGAUUUAUAGACAUUAUUGUAACAUAAAUAUGGCCUGUCUUUCUUCAAUUUUUGUUAAAAUCCUAACAUAUAAUUUGUGUUUUAUUUCCAUAAAAUUAAAAAUAUGAUCACUAUCUUAUCGUAGACGUAUUUGACGUGACAUUGGUUGUGCGUUGUUUUUCAUGUUAUCUCAGCAUUCAAAUCACUUUUAGGCUACCUGUUUUGUAAUAUCUGACUCGAUAUCAUGCUGUUCUUAAAGAAAAACAAAUCUAUGUAUGUUAUAGUAAUCUCCCUUUUGUCGAUAAGUCAUGAUCUGUAGACACAUUUGUCAUUGCUUUGGGAAAAUUCGAAUGGAGCUGUCGCAAUACGUUAUACGUCAUAUCCCUUACAAUGUUUUAAAAUACAUUCAUGACAAACAUAAUUAAUAUAUCAACUGGACGAAACAGUCAUUUUAGCUCUCGAUACGGUCAAAACAAAUGGCAUGGAAUCAACAUACAUUUAAGAUAACAUGUUAGUGACAAAAACAAGGAGAGAAUAAAACUGUAUUUAGAACUCUAAUGCGAUAAAUCAAGAACAAAAUAUGGACAAAGAGAGAUUUAAAUAAAGACCAUGGAAAAAGAAAAGUUCUGAAUCCACAAAAUUAUUGCCCCUAUCAUUGCUCUGACGUUUAAUGAACUUGCAUGUCUUACGUACUAAAUAUGGUCCUUUUUGUGUUUAUGUGCAUAGCUAUGGUAUUUUUGUGACUAUUUAUUAUCAUAUAUAUCAUCAUGUAGGCCUUAGGAAACACUGAUAUACCGAGAAAAAAAUAAAACACAUAAGAUACAUCAUUGGUAAACUUGGUUUUUGUAGGGUUAAUAGCAUCAAUAAUUGUAUUAUCGAAUGGCCAGUUAUUUGUUUUCAGAGAAACUACAAGAAAAAGGUAAUGGUAAUUGUUUUUUGAAAGCUUUACAUUAACUAUUGAUAUAUCAUGCUGCUUGUAUAUAACGUCACGGAUGAUAAACAUCUUAUGCAAACUUUGUAACAGAACCGAUUGUGGCAAUUUAAAUGGCAGCAUUAGAAUAAUUUGUGAAGAAGUUUUAUAAUAUUUUUUAUUUGUUUUGGGAAUAUAUACACACAACCAGCAAACAAUCGUAUUUAUGCAAAUAUUGAUUUGGAAGUCCUGUUUAUAGUGUAUCUGCUUAAACCUUUGUAAAUAUUAUUUUGACAGUCUCUGUAUGUAUGUUAUUUUGUAAAUUUGUAUCCGGACAUAAAAAAGGAUAGGAAAUUCUGUUUAGAGUAUAUAUGUUUUGACCACUCUUUAUACCUUUUUGACAUUCUCUGUAUAUGUUGUUUUGUAAAUUUGUAUACGGACAUUAGCCAGCGAAAUAUUAAUCACAAAUUGAAGGAAUAAUUACAUAUGGAUAUACAGCUAGAGAUCGACCUCUGAGGCCUUAUCUAAAUGUCAAGCAUUUAACAGCUUCAUUAAUAAUAAUUAGAAAACAUUGUUAACAGACUGGGUUAUUAGAAAGGUCGUCUUAUAAGACAAUCAACAGGCAACGUUUGUCCCAUUAAAAUCCUUUAUCAUGUUAAUAUGUCUUUCUCACUUUUUAAUAAGCCUUGUAUAGAACGUUCCUGUGCACGUAAACAAUCAUCGUUACUAUCUACUAUAUGUAGCAACUAUUUAAUGUAUGGAAGAGUGGCAAGGAUAUAUGUUAUAUAAUAUUUAAUCAAAUGUUUACCUCAAGACAGUUUAAUGUUAUAAACAUGAUUGUUAUUAUUAUGACCUGAUAUAACAUUAAAGUUACAUGGCGCCAUUGAAGAAAGGCUGAAAAUGGUCGACUUUAAAAACGGCUGCUCUACAUGAGAAAAAGGUUCAUGGGAGAAUGUCUGCCGGCAUUCAAUGAAGUGAUACCCUGUUGUUCCGUGGUAAUGUUGAUAAUUAGUUAGUAAAAUACCUUUAAAAUAAAAUAAAAUAAAAUAAGUCACCAAGACUGUAUUUGAUGUUAUUUAAAUGACAUCAAAUUCCCGAUCGCAAAUAUUGGGCAACAUGCAGUCCGUCUGAAACGUGAUAAAGAAUAAUACGAUGAAUUAUCAAUGAUCAUUUCUUUGUAAAGUGUGAUACAUGUACUUUCGAUAUCUAAGGUAAACCAUUCCCUCUGUAAUUCGUUGACGUUCGUUUCAUACAAAUCCUCUGUCAUGAAAAUUCGUUUGAAAUGAUAUAUUUCUAAUAUAUUAUUGUGUUUCCUUUCAGCAUAUUAUUUGAUAAUGCGAUUUGAAAUAAACAGUAGUUUGUUAAGACAUUUUUCUGAAUGACUCGGGUUAAUCAAGCACUAAUAAAAAAAUGUUAUAAAAUAACUGAGCACACCAUGGAUCGAGACUCAACAUAGACUAAUGUACACGAAGAAUAAACUGUUCGUUGCUCUUCUUGACCAGCAAUACACUGUUGGACUGCUGCAGGUAGAAGCUACGUCAAACUUAACAAACUGUGUUCUGAUUGUACAUUCGGUUGGAGGAGAUGUCAACAAAACAAUUCUUGGCUGGGUUUUUAAAUAAUAUAUGACUUGCUGGACCUUCUGUCUAGACUGUUGACAUACUUGUUGCUGCGGGUAACAGUCCUGGUGGUAACUGUCCAUCCUUCUGGUGGUAACUGUCUAGCUUUCUGGUGGUUACUGUCCAUCCUUCUGGUGGUAACUGUCUAGCCUUCUGGUGGUAACUGUCCAUCCUUCUGGUGGUAACUGUCUAGCCUUCUGGUGGUAACUGUUCAUUCUCUGGUGGCAACUGUCUAGACUUCUGGUGGUAACUGUCCAUCCUUCUGGUGGUAACUGUCUAGCCUUCUGGUGGUAACUGUCUAGCCUUCUGGUGGUAACUGUCCAUACUUCUGGUGGUAACUGUCUAGCCUUCUGGUGGUAACUGUCCAUCCUUCUGGUGGCAACUGUCGAGCUUUCUGGUGGCAACUGUCUAGCCUUCUGGUGGUAACUGUCUAGCCUUCUGGUGGUAACUGUUCAUUCUCUGGUGGCAACUGUCUAUACUUCUGGUGGUAACUGUCCAUCCUUCUGGUGGAAACUGUCUAGCCUUCUGGUGGUAACUGUCUAGCGUUCUGGUGGUAACUGUCCAUCCUUCUGGUGGUAACUGCCUAGCCUUCUGGUGGUAACUGUCUAGCCUUCUGGUGAUAACUGUCCAUCCUUCUGGUUGCAACUGUCGAGCCUUCUGGUGGCAACUGUCUAGCCUUAUGGUGGCAACUGUCGAGCCUUCUGGUGGCGACUGUAUAGCCUUCUGGUGGGAACUGUCUAGCCUUCUGGUGAUAACUGUCAAUCCUUCUGGUGGCAACUGUCGAGCUUUCUUGUGGCAACUGUCUAGCCUUCUGGUGGUAACUGUCCAUUCUUCUGGUGGCAACUGUCGAGCUUUCUGGUGGCAACUGUCUAGCCUUCUGGUGGUAACUGUCGAGCCUUCUGGUAGUAACUGUCUAGCCUUCUGGUGGCAACUGUCUAGCCUUAUGGUGGCAACUGUCGAGACUUCUGAUGGCAACUGUCUAACUUUCUGCUGGCAACUGUCGAGUCUUCUGGUUGCAACUGUCCAUCCUUCUGGUGGUAACUGUCUAGCCUUAUGGUGGUAACUGUCGAGACUUCUGGUGGUAACUGUCUAGCCUUAUGCUGGCAACUGUCGAGUCUUCUGGUUGCAACUGUCCAUCCUUCUGGUGGCAGCUGUCUAACCUUCUGGUCGCAACUGUCGAGUCUUCUGGUGGUAACUGUCUAGCCUUCUGGUGGCAACUGCCCAUCCUUCUGGUAGCAACUGUAGAGUCUUCUGGUGGCAACUGUCCAUUCUUCUGGUGGUAACUGUCUAGCCUUAUGGUGGCAACUGUCGAGACCUCUGGUGGUAACUGUCUAGCCUUCUGGUGGUAACUGUCUAGCCUUCUGGUGGCAACUGUCAAGCCUUCUGGUGGCAACUGUCGCGUCUUCUGGUGGUAACUGUCUAGCCUUCUGGUGGUAACUGUCUAGCCUUCUGGUGGUAACUGUCUAACCUUCUAGUGGCAACUGUCGCGUCUUCUGGUGGUAACCGUCUAGCCUUCUGGUUGCAACUUCCCAUCCUUCUUGUAGCAACUGUCGAGCUUUCUGGUGGCAACUGUCUAGCCUUAUGGUGGCAACUCUCUAGCUCCCUGCUGGCAACUGUCUAGCCUUCUGGUGGCAACUGUCUAGCCUUCUGGUGGCAACUGUCCAUCCUUCUGGUGGCAACUGUCAAGCCUUCUGGUUGCAACUGUCCAUCCUUUUGGUGGCAACUGACUAACUCCCUGCUGGCAACUGCCGAGCCUUCUGUUGGCAGCUGUCUAGCCUUCUGGUGGCAACUGCCCUUCAUUCUGUUGGUAACUGUCUAGCCUUCUGGUUGCAACUGUCUAGCCUUCUGGUGGCAACUGUCUUGCCUUCUGGUGGCAACUGUCUAGCCUUCUUGUGCGACAUUCUGGUAUUUUGGUUCAUUUAUGUUGGUUUUUAUCCCGACUGCUACUUUCUGUAUUUUUUGACCUCAUAAUCGAAGUCGGACAUGCUCGAUGCAAUAUAACAAUGUGGUAUCAUGCAUGUUAUAUGUUUAAAGAGUAACUGUUUAUUCAUGAAUGAGCUAUAUCUUCUAUAUUCAUGAGAUAUGUCUUACAGCAAUGAAGUCGGCCAUUUUUAGUUUGGGCUCCUUAUGCGUAAACUAUGAAUAUUGCCAAUGUACUGAUCUGCCGUAUGAUGUUUAUUAAAUUUUGUAAUCUUA